AUGGCGAUGGCGCCUCAGGGGCAGGCCGAGCACGAGCACGACCACCGGUCGGAGCCCAACAGCAGCCACCCUGACCCCGGCGCGGCUGCCACGAGCAGCAUCGCCACCAACCGGUGGGGGCCCUACUCCGGCGCCGGCGACUUCGCCAGCAACAUGGCCGUCAUCCUGGCCGCCCUGCUGACCGCGCUGGCGCUCGCCCUGGCGCUCAACGCCGCCGUGCGCUACCUCCUCGGUCGCAGCCGCCGAGCUCGCCGCGGUCGCGCCGGCUCCAGCUCCGGGCAGAGGGACAGCGGCGCCCGCAUCUCCGACCCGGAGAAGCCGGCCGCGGAGGCGCCCCCGCCGCCACCGCCGCCUGCCCUGGUGUACUCCGCGGCGGGCACCAAGCUGGCGGGCGCCGCGGCGGAGUGCGCCAUCUGCCUCGCCGAGUUCGCGGACGGGGACGCCGUGCGCGUCAUGCCGGCCUGCCGCCACGGCUUCCACGCGCGCUGCAUCGAGCGCUGGCUCGCGGGGGGCCGCCGGUCCUCCUGCCCAACCUGCCGCGCGCCGGCCGCUGUUGCCGCCGGAUCACCUGCGGCGGUCGCGCAGCCUGACGCCGCCAGGUCAUCGUCGUCGUGA